AUGUCCAAUCCGAAUGGAAUAUAUGAUUGCUUCCACUCUAGUGCCUCCAAGAGCUUAAUGAAUUUUUUUAAGCCUGAUUAUGAUUCUGCUGCAGCUGCUUUUGAGAAAGCAGCCUUAAUAUACAAACAAUUAAAACUGCCAGCAAAAGCGAUCCAAUGCUAUUCUCAAUGUGGUGAAUGUUUCGGUAAAUGUGGAAUAUAUUACAAAUCGGGAUCGGCUUUUGAAAACGCAGCUGCAUUAUGUAAGGAUCUGAAAGAAUUUGAUAAGGCUUCAGAGUUAUACAGUAAAGCUUUCCAGAUGUAUGUGGAUGAUGGAAAAGGAAAUAGAGCAGGGGAAGCCUUGGUCAAAGGCGCAAAGGUAAUGGCAGAAUCAGGCGCAAUUGCUCAAGCCGUCGAACUUUACAAAACUGCUCUUGAAAGCAUUUCUACAAGCGGGUAUCACAACGCCAUGAACACGUUUAGAUCGUUUAAUAGCUUCCUUCUUCAAAAUUCUCUCUUUGAAGAAGCCAUUCAAAACGCAUUGGAAAUGAUGAAGGGUUACAAAGAUCUGAAUCAAAAGGAUGGUGUUUGUAAAUCAUGCACCACAAUUAUUCUUAUUUGCUUGGCGAUGGACGAUUAUGUAAGAGCAGAGGAAUUUCAAAAGCGAUUUUCAAACGAGGAGAGCGACUAUUUGUCGUCUCCUGAAUACGAUAUAAGCAAUGAUUUUCUUGAGGCUUUCGAACGAAUGGAUCAAAACCUGCUCGAGAAUGCAAAAACCAAUAAUCAGUUGAAAUAUCUUGAAAGAGAGGUUUACAAAAUGGCAUCUAAAAUGAAAAUAACAUCUAACCUUGCUACCUUAGGUGCCUCUUCAACAAGGUCAGCAAACAGAGUAAAUGAAAAGAAAAACAUGUUACUGGCUGAUGAAAUCAUUGAAGAGGACGAUGAAGAUAUAUCGAAGGACAUGGAUAGAUUGAUUGUGAACAACAACUCAGACAACGAAAAUGAUGAUCCCUUUGAUCCAGAUGAUUUGACUUGA